AUGUUGCGCAAUCUGUGGGUUCUGUCAGCUCUUGCUGCGUCUGCUGCAGCCCAGGCAGGGGGUUCAUUUCCCAGCUUGCUUGCUUUGGUCAAUGAGACCGAUGGAUUCUCGUACCUGAAUACAUACCUCCAAUCCUUCCCCGAGGUCAGGGACUCCGUCACAGCAUUGACAAACAUCACCGUGUUCGCUCCAUCGAAUAAAGCUCUGCUCGAGUUCGCAGAAACUCCACGGUACUCGCAGCUCACAGAGGGUGGCGCCGACUUCCUCCAGGCGCUCCUCUCUUACCACAUUUUGGACGGCAUCUACGACAAUAUCACCGAGUAUGGUCCUUUGAACACCCUCCUUACAUCGCCCAGAUAUACCAACCUCACGGCAGGUCAAGUCAUUUUUGCAUACUACAACCCUAGUGGAUUCGAGAUCGCCAUUUGGUCUGGCAAUGACAGCCAAUCUGGCACCAUUGGAUUGCCAUACGAGUUCGAGGGAGGUAUCUUGUACCCCAUCAACAGUGUCUUCAACAUUCCUGGAACUGUCUCUGAGGAGGUUUCGGGACCCUUGAAUGGAUCAUCAUUCGCCCAAGCGCUUGACCAAGCUGGCCUCACCGAUGAAGUCAACGCUCUCAAAGACGCAACCUUUUUCGUCCCGAAGAAUGACGGAUGGGAGUCGGUUUCACAGAGCUUAUCAGCACUUAGCCCUGAGGCAUUGGUGGAUGUACUGAAAUACCACAUCGUUCCCGACUUCCUUGGUUACUACAGCGUCUUGGAGGAGGCAAAUGGAACGACUCUGAAGACACUCUCAGGCCAAGAGUUGACCGUCUACCUCAACGAAGCAGAGGAGAUGUUCAUCAAUGGUGCAGGAGUCACCUAUGUUGAUGUGCCAGCGGCUAAUGGUGUCAUCGUAUUCAUUGACAAUGUCCUUAAUCCGACCGGGACCGUUCAACCACCCACGAGUGAUGCAGAAGACGGUGUACCAGCUUUCCCCACUGGUGUUGCAAGCUCAGGUAGCGGUGGGGAGAGCACAUCAAGCACCACCACAGCGUCCGUGGCUACCUACACUGGAGCAGCCAGUGCAUUGCAGACUGGGACUAUGAGUCUUCUUGCCCUGGUUGGGGCCGUUAUGAUGGCCAUAGUUCUGUAG